ACAGCUUCCUUGAGUGUUUCGUUAAGGGAGGACGUGCGUGAGGUUAUGUAGAGACGGAAGCAACCUUAGUAUCCCUAGUGUUGCAAACUGAACGCGUGGAGAUCCAGUCUAGAUACUACAGUGGUAAAAAUGUCUUCUACGUGUGACUUUGUUGUGCUCCACACUGGGCAGAAGAUGCCUCUUAUAGGACUGGGCACCUGGAAAAGUGAACCCGGCCAGGUGAAGGAGGCAGUGAAGUAUGCUCUCGGUGCAGGUUAUCGUCACGUUGACUGUGCUGUAGUUUACAGCAAUGAAGCAGAGAUAGGUGAAGCCUUCCAGGAGAGCGUUGGGCCAGAUAAGCCUGUUAAGAGGGAGGAGCUAUUUGUGACAUCAAAACUAUGGAAUACCAAGCACCACCCAGAAGAUGUGGAGCCAGCCUUAAAGAAAUCUCUGAAAGAUCUGAAACUGGAUUACCUGGAUCUGUAUCUCAUGCACUGGCCACAUGCCUUCGAACGAGGAGAUACUCUUUUCCCAAAGAACCCUGAUGGCAUGAUGCGUUUUGACUACACUGACUACAAGGAAACUUGGAAGGCUAUGGAGAAGCUGGUGGAGAAAGGUCUGGUGAAGGCCAUUGGACUGUCCAACUUCAACAGCCGUCAGAUUGACGACAUCCUCAACAUGGCUGCUAUCAAACCAGCUGUACUACAGGUGGAAUGUCAUCCCUACCUUGCUCAGAAUGAGCUAAUAGCUCAUUGUAAUAAGCAAGGGCUGGUAGUAACAGCAUACAGUCCCCUUGGCUCUCCUGAUCGAAUGUGGAAGCACCCCGAUGAACCAGUACUUCUAGAAGAAUCUGGGAUCAAAAAACUGGCAGAAAAAUAUGGCAAAUCACCUGCUCAAAUCCUCCUCAGGUGGCAAGUACAGCGUAAGGUGGUUUCCAUUCCCAAGAGCGUCACUCCGGCCCGCAUUCUGCAAAAUCUCCAGGUGUUUGACUUUAAUCUCACAGGAGAAGAGAUGGAUCACAUUGGAACCCUGAAUAAAAACUGGCGAUACAUUGUGCCAAUGGUUACAGUGAAUGGAAAACUAGUAGCAAGAGAUGCUGGACACCCCCUUUAUCCUUUCAAUGAGCCCUAUUAACUACAGUAGAUUGGGUAUUAGAAUAGGACUCCGUGCACUCGUUCCUCAAGUAAAAAGAACAGGAGUACUUGUGGCCCCUUAGAGACUCAAAUAAAUUCGUUAGUGUCUAAUGGGCCACAAGUACUCCUGUUUUUUUUGCAGAUACGCGGCUGCUACUCGGAAACCUGUUCCUAACCUAAUUGUUGCCAUUGUUUAUCAAAAAUCUUUCCAAAUAAAAUCUGAUGUUCUAAAUAUUAGGCUUAUGUGGGUUUCCUUGUAGCAUAAGUAUAUUAUGUAUAAUGCAUCCUCUUCCUCCAGAUGAUGUAAUACCUACAUCAGUGCUGCUUAUAAUACACUGUAUGCUCCUGCUAUGAGGAAAUAUAUGAUGUCCAUGGGAGCAGGCGAGGGAAUUGAUAUCAUGAAAGAUGUACAGACCCUGAAAAUAUAAAACUACGAUAAUACACUAGUUUUGAAUGGGGAUAUGUGCAUAAAACAAUUCUGAAGUCUUUCACAAGUGUGUGGAUUAAAACCGAAAUAACAGGGUUUAGUUCUUAUAAUUUGUCUUAUUUCUUUUGGGGCUAUACAGGGGUCUGUAAGAUUACUCUUCCUUCCGCGGCUUUAUUUGCAUGUUACGGAAAAAUAAAUGCAGAGCAUGGCUCUAGUUCA